UCUAGUUACACCUUGAACCUCCAUUUUUUAAAUCCAUUUUUGUUCUUACUUUUUUAGAUUUAGUUCAUUUAGUUUUAGUAGAGUUCAAGUUUGAUAGUUUAGUGUAAGAAUGUCUGUGCGUGUUAAAGUUGAACCGAAAGAAGAAGAAGAAGAUAUAAACGUAUCCAUUGAUGAGAAACUUUUGCUUACUAAUGAUGUCUCUGAAACAAUUAAGCAGGAAAUUAUCUGUACAAAACAGGAAGUUGAUAUUGAAGGACUGCAGAAAGAUCAGUUUGUUGAUGACAUCUUUUACCGAAAUUCUGAUUUCCCAUGUACUGAGAAUAUGCACAUACAAAUGUAUGGACGUUUUAGAUCUGCCCAGUGCGAUUACACAACCGAUAAAAAAAACGUUAUAAAAACACAUUUGGCAACACACAACAUUCCUAAUGAGUUGAAAUGUGACCAGUGUGAAUAUUUAUCCAAUAACAAAUACUCUUUAAAAAGGCAUCUUUUAACACAUAAGAUUUCGAAAGAUUUAAAAUGUAUCCAAUGUGAUUACUCAACCAGUAACAAAUUCUAUUUAAAAAACCAUCUGCAAGUGCACAAGACUUCUAAGGAUUUCAAGUGUACCCAGUGCGAAUACGCAUCGAACUGUAAAUUUCUUUUCAAAAGACAUUUGUUGGUCCACAAGUCCUCCAAGGAUUUAAAAUGUGUUCACUGUGAUUAUGCAUCCAACAAUAGCUCUCAUUUUAAAAGACAUUUGUUAAUACAUAAGCCCUCUAAGGACUUCAAUUGUGCCCAGUGUGAUUACUCAACCAAUAACACAAUCUAUUUAAAAAGACAUUUGUUAAUGCACAAGACUUUCAAGGAUUUUAAGUGUUCUAAGUGUGAUUAUGCUUCCAACUUUAAAUCCGAUUUUACAAAACAUUUGCUUACACACAAUACUUUCAAGAAUUUUCAAUGUGCCCAGUGUGAAUACGCAACUAAUAACAAAUUCUGCCUAAAAACACAUCUUUUAACGCAUAAAAUUUCCAAGGACUUAAAAUGUAUUCAAUGUGAUUACUCGACCAACAACAAAUUUCAUUUUAAAAGGCAUUUGUUAUUGCACAAGCCUAUCAAGGAUUUAAAAUGUACCCACUGUGAUUACGCUACCAAUAACAAGUUCUAUUUAAAAAGACAUCUGUUGUUGCACAAGACUUCCAAGGAUUUCCGUUGUACCCAGUGUGAAUAUGCAACCAGUAACAAAUGCUACUUAAAACGGCAUCUGUUAAGACAUGAGAUUUCCAAGGAUUUCAAAUGUGCCCAAUGUGAUUAUACUUCCAACUGUAAAUCCAAUUUUAAAAAACAUUUGGUCACACACACGACUUCCAAAGAUUUCAAAUGUGCCCAGUGUGAUUACUUAACCAAUAAUGAAUUCUAUUUAAAAAGACAUCUCUUGGUACACAAGCCUUCCAAGGAUUUCAAAUGUGCCCAGUGCGAUUACGCAUCGAACAGUAAAUCUAAUUUUACAAAACAUUUGUUAGUGCACAAGCCCUCCAAGGAUUUCAAAUGUGCUAAUUGUGAUUAUGCUUCGAACUAUAAAUCUGAUUUGAAAAAACAUUUGUUCACCCACAAGGAUUUCAAAUGUAGCCAGUGUGAUUAUGUUUCUAACUUCAAAUCUAGUUUUAGAAUCCAUCUGCGCAAACACACCAUUUCCACUGGUUUAUAAUGUGCCCAGUGUGAUCAUUCAACUAACUCAUAUAUAUAAGAGAAGCUAACUACAAAUCCUAUUUUAAGCAAUAAUUGUUCACAUACAAGACUUCCAAAGAUUAAAACUGUGUAACCACCUA